ACGGUGUCUUCUUCUCUGUUUUGCUGCUGCAGUGCUGCUUUUGUUCAGGUUGUUCUCCAUACAGUGGAAAAAAUGAUGUCUGACAUGACGGCAAUGGAGGAGUUUGAACAUCAAUUUGCCAGUCUUUCGGCGGACAUAACAAGCAAAAUAAAUGAUAUACCGAAAAAACAUGGAAAUGAAAAGAAGAUUCUGGUAAAUACAGCUGAAAAACAGAUGGAUGAGGCACAAGAAUUACUUGAGCAAAUGGACCUUGAAGUACGGGGUAUUCCUGCCAAGGAUCGCCAGAAGUACAGUACACGUGUCAAAAGCUACCAGACUGAACUAACACGCCUUGAAAAGGAUCUGAGGAGGUCCAAGAUAGCAUUUACUGAUUUAGAAACUGGAAGGGAUGAAUUAUUUGGCUUGGAAGAUGUACAAAGUUCAGAAGAUCAAAGAACAAGAUUACUAGACAAUACAGAGAGGUUAGAAAGGUCGGGUCGAAAAUUAGAAGCAGGGUAUAGAAUGACUGUAGAAACGGAACAAAUUGGUCAAGAUAUUUUAGACAAUUUACACAGAGAUAGGGAAAAAAUUAACAACUCUCGACAAAGGUUAAGAGAUAUGGAUUCUACUAUCGGUCAAAGUUCAAGGGUACUUAAUACUAUGUUACGACGAAUUAUUCAAAAUCGUUUUCUGAUGAUUUUUCUUGGACUUGUCGUGGUGGCUGUGAUUAUAUUAGCAAUAUUUUUCUCUGUCAAGAAACAUAAAUAGAUACUGUAGUAUAUAUAGAUAUCCAAAUGCAGAAAGUAUUGUAUUUAAUUAAAUCAUUUUUUUUCUUCCUAAUGAUAUGAAUAGCUGGGGGGAAACCCCAUUGUCUACCAGCUUGACCUUGUAGCAUCGAUGGAAAAGACAGCAAGUGUUGGGGUCCACGUUUAAAAUCCCAAACAUUUAUUAUUAUGAUAAUUUUUAUAUAUCUGAUGGAGAUGUGUCUCCAUACCAAAGUUAAUAUCAUGUGGUCAUUAAAUUUUUUUUAGGUAAUAGCAGUAUAGUAAAUAUAAUUCUGUACUUAUAUUUUAAAUUACACAUUUAAAAUACAACUUGUUAUUUUUCUGCUAUUAUGGUUGAUAUUAUAAUGGUGUGUAACAAUGAAUAUUUUAUUUGUGUAUAUUUUUCCAGGUGCAUGUUGCAUUAUAUAUACAUAUAUACUGUACUAGACCUAUAAAGUAUAUACUUUGAAGUGCACAAUCUUAUUGUAUUUAAAAUCCUGAGCCUAAUCCCUUCCAAGUGUUUUUGUCUCUUAAAAUGUGCAAUAGAUUCAUGUUUUAUGUUUCAAUAUUAUAACUUAUCUGUGUAUUGAAUCUCUCUGUAAAAAUUAGUUUUUAUUAGUUUUGUUUUUUUGGAGAAUAUGGUAUACAGUACUGCUAUAUGGCACAAAUUGUGCUACGCAGACUGUAGUUCAAAAUCAAGCUAUAAAACCUGAGCAAGUACAUAUCAUUACAUAAUAUGUGGGAUUUCAGGAUUUUUAUUGGGACUGAUGGAAAUAUAACCUGAAAUUUGUAUACUUGAAAUUAAAAUUUGAGAUAUUUUACCUUUUGGGUUGGUAUUCAAUGAUUGUUGUUAAUGUUGCUAUUUUUUUAAAUGAACCUGUUUCUCAAAUUUUCUUCCUAAUGUACUUUUAUUUACUAUUAUAUUCAUUGCGUGGUGUAUAUACAUAAAUGCAUUCCCACCUACUAUUCUUAUCUUUGCUAUAAUUUUAUAUUAUUUAAUUACUGUACCUUUGAAAGGUUAGCGAAUUAAAUAUAAUACAUCAACAUGUUGAAGAAAGUGCUUUAUAAAAUGUACGUGUGUAGUUUUAUUUUAGCAAUUUCAUGAUUAUUGAAAAUAUCUUGGUAGAAUUUCUGAAUAUGCAUUAGUAAAUUAUCUCCAUAUGCAUGAAGACCAACAUUCUCAUAAUCAAUGGGAUCUAAAAACCCUUUUGAUUGUUGCAUAAAGAAAUUUGUCAGUGUCGGCUAUUAUAAGGGGAGAUUUAACUGGAAUAUUAUGAUGGAAGUUAUGAAAUAUUAUGUUUGUGUAUUUAUGUUUCGUUUAUUAUGUUUCGUUUAUUAUGUAGGUCAAAGGUCAUGCUCAGAUUUGAGGCGUGCUGCUACACCGGAGCAAUAGUUAAUUAGCAAUCUAAA